AAAGUAAAGAGGAAACAAGGGGAACGAGUUUGGGUGUUUAGACCGGAGAGGAGGACGUGGUUGUGUUGUUUUGUUUUUGUUUUUGUUUCCUUCCACUCUUUCUUCUUCAUUUCCUCUUUCUUUCUUUCCUUCUCCGUUUUUUCUCGAACCCUUCUACAAAAGUUGAGACUUUUUCUUUGGGGUUCUUUAACAAAAUUUCUCUAGAGGAAUCCAAAGAAGGAAGAAGAGAUUUGAAAAAUAUUGUUUCUUGGGUUUUCAAGAAAUAGUGUAGAGACAUUUUAAAGAACCAAGAGAUUUGAGGGUUGAAGGAUUGAGAGAGACAUGGAUGAAACAAUGGCAGCUAGGUAUUGGUGUCACAUGUGUUCACAAAUGGUGAAUCCAAUAAUGGAAUCUGAGAUCAAAUGUCCCUUUUGUCAAAGCGGUUUCAUUGAAGAAAUGAGCGGUAAUGGCAAUGGAGGUGGUGGUGGUGGCAGAGGUAUAAGAGAUGUCCAGGAUUCAGAAACAGAUUUUGGAACAGACCGUGCUUUGUCUCUAUGGGCUCCUAUCUUGCUUGGAAUGAUGAGUAGUCCUCGGAGACGAAGAAGGUUCAGGAGAUCAGAGUUUGGUGAAGAUACUGAUGAUAAUGGUGGUGAUGAGUUGAACAAUGUUGAUGGGAAUAUCAGUAAUGUGUAUCGUCAUCAUCGAGCUAGGCGACAUGGUGGAGAGAUUGAUUUGGAUAGAGAGUUUGAAUCUAUCUUGAGGAGAAGACGAAGAAGCUCCGGGAAUAUAUUGCAGUUGCUUCAAGGGAUACGUGCUGGGAUUGCUUCUGAGUAUGAAAGCUCUGAUAACAAUUGGGAGAGUUCUGGAGAGAGGGAUGGGAACAUCAACAAUAGAGUUAUAAUGAUCAAUCCGUAUAACCAAUCAGUCGUUGUUCAGGGGUCUUCGGAUCGGACUCAGAACCAUCCUUCAUUGACUUCACUUGGAGAUUACUUCAUUGGACCUGGACUAGAUCUUUUGCUUCAGCAUUUGGCUGAGAAUGAUCCUAAUAGGCAAGGGACUCCACCUGCUCGUAAAGAAGCGGUUGAAGCUUUACCAACGGUUAAGAUAAUGGAACCGUUGCAGUGUUCUGUUUGUUUGGAUGAUUUUGAGAAAGGAACAGAAGCUAAAGAGUUGCCGUGUAAGCAUAAGUUUCAUAUCCGCUGUAUUGUUCCCUGGCUUGAGCUUCACAGUUCUUGUCCCGUGUGUCGUUUCGAGCUUCCUUCUACUGCUGAUGAUGAUGAUGAGACAAAGACUGAUUCCGAGAGACCGCCUAGAACAAGAAUUGUUCGGGAAACCAAUAACAGAAACGUUGUUGAGAAUGUUGGAAAUGCGGAACGAGGAAGAGAGGACGAUGCGAGGAGUGGAAAUGGAAGACGGUUUUCGUUUCCAUGGCCGUUCAGUGGAUUGUUCUCGUCUUCUUCUUCUUCGUCGUCUUCUUCAUCCUCUGGAUCACAAUCUGGUGAGAACAAUUUCUACUCAAGAUCAUCUGGUUCUUCUCGUUGAAAACAAAACAUCCAAAACCUGAAAAUGUUGGGUUUUGUUAUUGUUCUUGUUCUUCUUCAUUGUUCUCUCAAGUUUCUCAUUUUCUAGCUCUUAAAUUUGUUAUGUACUCUGCAUUUCAUUCUCUGCUUUUCUUAUGUACAUAAAAAAUGAUGUUCUUUCACUCAGACUGUUGGAACAAAACAAAUCCAUUGUUGUUGUACAGAGAUGAUCAAAUUCAGUUUGUGUGUUUCCAUUGUUUUUGCUUUCAA